UAUCCCACUUUUUGAUUAGAGGAGUAGGCCAUUUUUCUUGAUUAAAAAUUUAUGUUAAAAUCUUUAUUUGCCUUUCAUACAAUAUUAGCCGAUUUUCAAUUUACUUGUAGUCCAUUAUGGACUUUAUUUGAAUCGUGUCAGUGGAAUUUUUCAAAAACUUUUCGAUAUCUAUUUGUUGUCAAAAAUAAUAAUUUAAGCUAUUCGGAUCUUUGUGAUAAGUAUGAUUUAGUGAUUAUGUGUUUAUAGUGGCAGUUCAAUUAUGACUUCAUCAGACGAAAAUAAACAAUUAGAAUCUUCUGAGGGAAUUUGUGUCGCUAGACAGCCAACUAACUGGUUAAUAACUAAGAAUAAAAAACCAUCACCUUCAGAGUUAAUAUCAUUUCGCUGUCCGUACACGUUACAUAAAACUGAACGCCUUCACUUCAAUAAUAGGUAUUGGACAAUUGGCGACAUAGUGUCAUUAGGUGAAGUAAAAUCUGACAGAAUAUUCUAUGCUCAGAUUCUAGAACUGUAUCAAAAUGAUUUUUGUGAGAAGUGUGCAAAAAUUAUGUGGUUAGGUCCAAAAUCAAACAUAAAUGUUGAGAAUGAAGAUAACAAAAUCCACUAUGAUAAAUUUCAGCCCAAUGCUUUUACUCAUAUUUCUGUUGAUCCACGAUUAAUACCUGUUCACUGUUUGACAUUUGUAAUGAAUGUUCCAGGACAAUUUGAAUAUAAAAAAUUUAUUGGAACUAAUUACCUUGUUGAUACUAAAAUUAUAACUCAUGCUGAAAGGUAUACAGAGUCGGAUGAAGAUGAUGGACCAAAACCCAAAAAUAAAGUUAGGAGAUUGUUAAGUAAAUAAAUAAAUUGGAAUAUUUGUUUUUAUGUUUUUGUAAAUAAUAUAUACUAAGAAAAUAAUAUUGUUUACUUAUUUAUAUUGUUUAUAAUUGUAUUAAAAUAAUAUUGAAGUGUAAUAUAUAUAUUUUUAAUAGUUUUAGUGAUUUGUAAUGGUAAAAUUAUUUUUUUACAUUUACAUUUUUUGUCUUGAAUGUAUAAUUUAUUAUUUUUAUUUUAUAAUAUUAUUGAAAUUAUAUUAUUAAUCUCACUUUGACUCCUAUAUUAAAAGAGGAUUAGAGUUGAUUUAAUAUCACCAUAAUUAUAGAAGGAAAAAAUUUGUAAUCUAUUUUUUUUCUACUGAAGUGAAUUUUAAGUUUUAUUUACACUUAUUUAUAAUUAAAAAGAAAUUAAGAUUAAAAUUGAACAUUUAUGUUUUUUAGCUUUAAUGUAGUUAUUACAUUGAAAAAAUAAAUUUUUUUUUAAUUGAACUCCUAAGUCAGUUUUUCACGUAUGUAUUAGUCCAACCAAUCUAUAACUUAAAUUAUUUACCUUUGAGCAAUUUUUCUGUGAAUAGUCAGAC